ACAGCGGAACACUAGACGAGAGGCUUGAAAGGUCUUCGUCACUGUACAGUCAACUGCUGCACGAGACAGUUAUGUGGAAGACGGCCGGCACGUUCUAAAGGAAAACAAGAAUCGAGAGGAAGAAGGGGGGGCCCGUAAUAUGCUGACUGUCCCGUGCUGAAGCCGCCAGCCUGCCUGCCACCCCCCCCGUAUCGACACCCGCGAACACCCACCGCUAACUGUCACCAACCGCCGCCGCCGCCGCCGCUGCCGGAGAGUGGCGGAGCCAGCGCCCCAGACCCCCCCCCCCGCCAGGACCGCAGCCAAGCCGACGCCCGACCCCCCCCCCGCCCCCCCCCAAAAUCCCACCCUCCGCCGUCCCGUCGUCGCCAUGGCUCCCGAGUUCGCUGCCCCCUCCUGGUGAGCUGCGCGGGCGUUCCGAGGGCAGGAGACAUGUUGGCACGGAGGGCCGGGGACCGCACCGACGCCAGCAGCAGCAGUAGCCAUGGAAACCGUACUGAGGACUUUACUGGCCAGCGUUGUCAUCAUCGCCAUGGUUGCCACGGAGGUCGCCGAAAGUCUGACUCCUGAGAAGAUCUCUCUGUCGCAAGCCGACUUCCUGUCCAGCCUGGACCAGUACGACAUCGCCAUCCCGGUGCGCGUGGGGCCGGAGGGCGAGGCUCUGGGCGGGGAUGGGGCGGGGCAGGGGGAGGGGCCCCGGAGCGGAGCGGGGGGGCGUCGGCGGCGUCGCAGCCUGGACGAGCGGCCCGGGGACACGCAGCUCUACUACCAGCUCUCCACCUCGCGCGCCAACUUCCUGCUGAACCUGACACUCCACCGGGGCCUGCUGUCCGAGCGCUUCCGGGUGGAGUACUGGCGGAGGGGCCGGCUGGCCUGGAGCCACCCCUACUCCCCCCACUGCCACUACGUGGGCCACCUGCAGCACCUCGCCCAGUCCAGCCACGUGGCCCUCAGCAACUGCAACGGCCUGCAGGGGGUGAUAGUGUCCGGGGACGAGGAGUUCUUCAUUGAGCCGCUGACUCCAGCCGACAACCUGACCAGCGUGGCUGAGAGGGAAGGGCGCCCCCAUGUGGUCUACAAGAGAUCUUCCCUCAGGCACCAGUACAUGGACCAGUCCUGUGGAGUCAUUGACGAGAAGCCGGCCAAGGGCGGGGCCUGGUGGCAUCGCACGCUGAAGACCCCGCCCAAUCAGAUGGGGCGAGGGCAGCUGCCCCUGAAGCGCUCGGUGGCCCAGGAGCGCUACGUGGAGACGCUGGUGGUGGCCGACAAGAUGAUGGUGGGCUACCACGGGCGCCGCGACAUCGAGCAGUACAUCCUCGCCGUCAUGAAUAUUGUUGCCAAACUGUUCCUGGAUACUAGCCUGGGGAAUCCGGUGAACAUAGUGGUGACCCGGCUCAUCCUGCUCACCGAAGACCAGCCGACGCUGGAGAUAAACCACCACGCGGGGAAGUCCCUGGACAGCUUCUGCAAGUGGCAGAAGUCCAUACAGAACCGGGACGGCAACGGCAACGCCAUCCCCGACAACGGCAUCGCCCACCACGACACGGCCGUACUCAUCACCAGGUAUGACAUCUGCAUCUACAAGAACAAGCCGUGCGGAACCCUAGGUCUGGCUCCUGUUGGGGGGAUGUGUGAACCUGAGAGAAGCUGCAGUAUUAAUGAGGACAUCGGCCUGGCGACUGCCUUCACCAUCGCCCACGAGAUCGGACACACGUUUGGGAUGAACCACGACGGCGUGGGGAACGCCUGCGGGGCCCGCAGCCAGGACACCGCCAAGCUGAUGGCGGCUCACAUCACCAUGAAGACCAACCCCUUCGUCUGGUCUGCCUGCAGCCGCGACUACAUCACCAACUUCCUGGAUUCGGGGUUGGGCUCGUGCCUGAGCAACGUGCCCCUGAAGCAGGACUUUGUGUACCCCACCACCGCGCCGGGCCAGGCCUACGACGCGGACGAGCAGUGCCGCUUCCAGCACGGGGUGAAGUCACGCCAGUGUAAAUACGGGGAGGUGUGCAGCGAGCUGUGGUGCAUGAGCAAGAGCAACCGCUGCAUCACCAGCAGCAUCCCCGCGGCGGAAGGAACCAUCUGUCAGACCAACACCAUAGAGAGAGGAUGGUGCUACAAGAGGGUGUGCGUGGCGUUUGGGACCCGGCCCGAGGGCGUGGACGGAGGGUGGGGCCUCUGGUCCCCGUGGGAGGAGUGCAGCCGCACCUGUGGGGGAGGGGUCUCCUCCUCCGUCCGGUUCUGCGACAGCCCCAGGCCAACGAUCGGUGGAAAAUAUUGUCUGGGAGAGAGAAAGCGUUUCAGAUCCUGCAACAUUGACGCAUGUGCCGCUGGCUCUCAGGACUUCCGGGAGAUCCAGUGCUCGGACUUCGACAGCGUGCCCUUCCGCGGGAAGUUCUACACCUGGAAGCCCUACAGGGGAGGGGGGGUGAAGUCCUGCUCGCUGAACUGCCUGGCGGAAGGAUACAACUUCUACACAGAGCGCGCUCCGGCCGUGGUGGACGGCACUCCUUGCCGAGAUGAUUCUCUGGACGUCUGCGUCAACGGGGAGUGCAAGCACGUGGGCUGUGACCGCAUCCUCGGCUCGGACGUGCGGGAGGACCGCUGCCGGACCUGCGGGGGCGACGGGAGCGGCUGUGAGGUCAUCGAGGGCGUCUUCAACGACUCGCUGCCCGAAGGAGGUUAUGAAGAAGUGGUCAGGGUCCCUAAAGGAUCAGUCUUCAUUCACAUCCAGGAGCUCAACGUCUCACUCAACUACCUGGUGCUAAAGGGCAAAGGGGACCAGUACUUCAUCAACGGGAAGCUGACCAUCGACACGCCGCGCAGGUUCGAUAUCGCCGGGACGACCUUCCACUACCGGCGGCCCGCGGACGAGCCGGAGACCCUGGAGGCCCUGGGGCCCACCAACAUCACCCUCAUCGUCAUGGUCCUGGUAAGGGAGGCGAACCCAGGGAUCAGCUUCCGCUUCAACCCACCCAUGAACCGCAACGCGCUGAGCGGACACGUCUGGCAGUACGCCCCCUGGUCCCGCUGCUCGGCCCUGUGUGCCGGAGGGGUUCAGGUCCAGCAGGUCGUGUGCAAGAAGCAGGCCGAUCACACCGUGGUGUACAACCACUUCUGUGACAAGAGGAGCAGACCCAAGGACAAGAAGAGAGCCUGCAACUCUGAGCCUUGCGCGCCAACCUGGUGGGUGGGUAACUGGUCAGACUGCAGCAGAAGCUGUAACGGGGGCCUGCAGACUCGGGAGGUCCUGUGCAAGAGGAAGAUCUCCCCCACCGAGGAGAAGGUCCUGGACGACAUCGCCUGCACCCUCCCGCGACCCCCCCUCACUGACCCCUGCAACAACCACACCUGCCCCCCCGAGUGGCUGCCUUUGGACUGGUCUGAGUGUUCUCCUAGCUGUGGCCCAGGCUACAGGCACCGUGUUGUCCUGUGUAAGAGCGGAGAGAGCGGGGACACCAUGCCGGAGUCUAACUGCCCGAAACAGAGCCGCCCCACCACCAGGGUGCGCUGUAACCUGCAGCGCUGCCCUCCGCCGCAGUGGGUGACGGGACCCUGGGGAGAGUGCUCCUCUAAGUGUGGGCUGGGUCAGGAGAAGCGCUCCGUGCAGUGUCUCACGCGCACCGGCCAGCCGUCCAGCGAGUGCCUGGACGCCCAGCGGCCCGCCGCCAUGCAGCAGUGCCAGAGCCGGUGCGACACCGGCCCCACGGACAGCCCCGAAGAAUGCAAAGACGUGAACACAGUGGCAUACUGCCCCCUUGUGGUCAGGUUCAAGUUCUGCAGCCGACCGUACUUCAGGCAGAUGUGCUGUAAGACCUGCCAGGGACACUGAGCCUCUUCUUCCUCCUCCUCCUCCUCCUCUUCUGGGCCUGAGACCGUCCCAGCUGCGCAUUCCACUUUGGGGGGGGGGGGGGCGAGCUGCUGGGAGACUGCAGAGGGGGAAGAGGGAGUGAAAGAGAGACUACAGCGGGACAGCGCCGCUGUUUAACAUCAGCUGUGUGAUCUGAGACUGGCCGUUAGGACGCUGCUGGGCAUUUCAGACUGGGUUGAAAAUGUUGGCGUGUCUGUACACAGUGCGAUCACUCCACAGGUGUGUCCCCACCCUACAGGUGUGUCCCCACUCCACAGGUGUGUCCCCACCCUACAGGUGUGUCCCUACUCCACAGGUGUGUCCCCACCCUACAGGUGUGUCCCCACUCCACAGGUGUGUCCCUACUCCACUGGUGUGCCCCUGCUCCACAGGUGUAGCCCCCCUCCACAGGUGUGCCCCUACUCCACAGGUGUGCCCCCCCCCACACUACAGGUGUGUCCCCACUCCACAGGUGUGCCCCACUCCACAGGUGUGCCCCCCCCACUCCACAGGUGUAUCCCCACUCCACAGGUGGGCCCCCACUCCACACAGGUGUGUCUGUCUUCUUCAGGUCCACGGGCUUAUUCCAAAUUCACGCCAGUAGUCCGACCCGCCAGUCUCUUCCAUGUGCUGUGUUGUUCCCGCCAUUUUUCAGACGGUCUGAAAUUCCACUCGAUUAUUCUGAUGCGGGUGGACGGAUACCUGUGUUGCCUGCUCAUUUGCAUACGGUCAGUCGAUCUGUACGAAACCUCUGCACCUUGCCACGGGUGUGUUUCGGAUGAAAAGAAGGAUGAAUAUCUGUUUCUUUUUUCUGUUUUUCCCUCCGUUCUCUCCGUCCUCGAUUCUUCAGGCCAUUGUGAUUUUUUUCCUAGGGUGUCACACAGAACAGGAAAAAAAACUACUUUUAUUUUGUCAUUGAUUUCUGGUAGGUUGCAGGUCAGUGUCCCGUCGGCAGCGCGGAGAGAGCUAGUUGCGCAGACGCUGUUGUGAUCCAGUGCAGGUGCCUCUGCGCAGACGCCGUUGUGAUCCAGCGCAGGUGCCUCUGCGCAGACGCUGUUGUGAUCCAGCGCAGGUGUCUCUGCGCAGACGCCGUUGUGAUCCAGCGCAGGUGCCUCUGCGCAGACGCUGUUGUGAUCCAGCGCAGGUGUCUCUGCGCAGACGCCGUUGUGAUCCAGCGCAGGUGUCUCUGCGCAGACGCCGUUGUGAUCCAGCACAGGUGUCUCUGCGCAGACGCCCGUCCCGCCACAUCCACGCUCCUUGCAGUUUACACGCCUUGCGCUCGGCGUUUAAACAGACACAGCGAGGUCCCUUAACCCGGCCAGGAAAGGUGCAUGACUCAGUUGUGUCGUACAAUAACACUGUUGCUGAACUGCUAUGCUCGUGCGCUUUCAGGGAGGGCGGGGCUCAAACGCUCGCCUCGAGGAAGAUGAUUUGGGGGGGGGGUGACCAGACAGUGACCACCGGUUUCUGCUGAGGCCUCAAACCUGAGUUUGAUCCUUCAAACCUGGUGCACUAAUGACCCUGAGCGAUCACUUUUUUCUGGACUUCAAAACAUUCAUUAAGCCAUAAAUAUCAAGAUAUGUAAUUUUUUUUUCUUUUUUUUUUUUUGCAAGAUAUAUAAAGGAUAUAAGUAUGUGAUUUGUAAACAGGCUAACUGGAGGUCUGACUGCAGGUCAGUUCUGGUACUGCAAGUUUAAUUCUGAUUGGCCACCUGCUAAAUGGACACACCGCUGAUUGGUUAAAAUGUAAAGUGCCAUUCUUCUGUACUUAACAUUUUCUCAAUGAGAACUAUACAAAAAUCUCCCUGCAGGGGGCAGUAUAAGCUCGUUGUGGCUUUUAGAAUAAAUUAAAAAAACUCAAAUCUCAGUUUAAUCUUAAAAUCAUAGUCUUUAUUUUAUUUUAAGAUUUAUGUAUAAUACACCUUAAAGUAAUUAUUUUUGCUUUGCGCAGGGUCUUUAAGCACCACAUGCUAAGGCUAAAAAAACCUCGGUUCCCACGCAUGAGAUUGGAACAUCCCUCUCUCGUCUGUUAAAUGUGGGCUCUGGCAUUAUGGUGGACUGCCUGGCUGCCGGGCUGCCGGGCUGCCUGGCCUGGGUUAAUGGGCUGUCAUUACUUAACCACAGCCUCAGAUCCAAAAUGGAGGCCUUUUUUCCGUACGCAUUUUUCCACAAUCGCAGAAAAAUAAAUAGAUAAGUGAAUGAAUAAAUAAAUAAAUAAAUGCUCGCUCUUGUAAUGCACAAGUAUCACGCUCGUAAUAGAGGAAUCGGUUUCUUUUGUAGAACAUUGCAAAGGGUGAAGGUCACGAGGCCAAGGGUGAAGGUCACGAGGCCAAGUGUGACCUUCCUCUUACCCAUGGUGCUUUGGAACGGUGCUAUUUCACAUUGACAUUAUUUUUAGAGUUUUACUGUUUUUUUUUUGUUUUAAUGCAUAUUGGUUUCGCUUGAGGUCAGAGUCAGCCAUGUCCACACGUGACUAAAAAAACGGUUGACAGUCCCCCAGAGGAUGCUGGGAGUUUCUUUAGACAUCCUUUGUUGGUCUAAGACUGUUCUAAUUAUGCUGCUUUAUCCGGUGAAAUUCAUAGCCAAACAUCCCCACACAUAUAUGGGUAUCAACGACUUACAACUUCCUACUGAAUCCCAUCUUUUUGAGGAAAUUCACAAAUAAAUAUUUGUGUCAUUUAACUGUUUACAGUAUAAGCUAUAAGUAGAUUUAUUUUGCAGUCUCUGGUGUUUCUUUCAGAAAAUAAAAUCAUGGUUGACCACGGCAAAACCAUUUUUUUUUUCUCUGAGCAAAUGUGAUGGGCAACUGUUGUGUGUUGUUUUUACAUACUAAUAAAUAGAGGCGUGUACUGUAUGUCCAAUAAUAUUAAAAAUGCCUUUGAUCCUUAUGUACAUCAGUUGAAACAAAAUAAAUGAAUAAAUACACAGUGCUGUAAAUACA